AUCCCAAAUCAUUCAUCUUUUCAUUUUGGUAUUUUUCAGUAAAGAAAACGAACGAAUCCUGAACAGUAUAUAAGAAUGUUUCUACAAGUAGCUUCUCCAUUUCCAAAAAAUCAGGGUUUUGGAUUAACUUUUGUCAGUCCAUCCAUAGCAAGAAGAGCCACUCCUGAGCAACUGGAACAUGAUAGUUUGAUCAUGGAUCAGAGCAGAAGGGCCUUGUUUGAUCAAACUGAAACUCUGAUUCAUCAUUCCCAAGAACACAAUCAGCAAAAAUCAGAACUCCCACCUUUAGUAAAUGCCAUAAAAAUUUCAGUAGAGAAAAAUGCAACUCCUUUCCAUUUUCCAGGUCACAAAAGAGGUGUAGCUGCACCAUCUUCACUAGUCGAUAUUAUCAGUAUCGCACCAUUUCUUUAUGAUGCAACUGAACUUCCAGAGCUUGAUAAAUUCGGUUAUCCAACUGGACCUUUAUUAGAUGCACAAAAUCAAGCUGCUGAGCUCUUUGGUGCAACUGAGACAUGGUUCUUAGUUUGUGGCACAACUUGUGGGAUUUUAGCAGCAAUUAUGUCUGCUUGUUCACCAGGUGAUACAUUAAUUCUUGCAAGAAACUCACAUGUUUCAGCCACUUCUGCUAUGGUGCUCUGUGGUGCUAUUCCAAGGUAUAUUGUUCCUGAACAUAACCUUGAAUGGGAUAUUGCUGGUGGUGUUACCCCUUCACAGGUAAAGAUGGCUAUUCAAGAAUCGGAAAAGGAAGGCAAAAGGGCAGCUGCAGUUUUUGUUACAUCACCAACUUACAAUGGAGUAUGCAGCAACUUGUCUGAAAUUUCGCAAAUAUGCCAUUUUCAUGGAAUUCCUCUAAUUGUAGAUGAAGCUCAUGGUGCUCAUUUCAAAUUUCACCCUAACAUGCCUAAAACUGCACUUUCUCAAGGAGCAGAUCUUGUCAUACAAUCAACACACAAAGUAUUAUGCUCAUUUUCACAAUCCUCAAUGCUACAUUUAUCCGGAAAUCGAAUAGAUAGGGAUAGAGUGCACAAAUGUCUUCAGUCAUUACAAACCACUAGUCCAAAUUGGCUUCUCCUAGCAUCUUUGGAUGCAACUAGGGAUGAACUAAGUAAAAAUCCAAACACCCUUUUCAAUGAAGUAAUGGAAUUAGUCCAAGAAGUGAAAGAAGUAAUUAUCCACAUUCCUGGAAUCUCACUUUUGGAUCUUUCAAGCUUUUCCAAUAAUUUUUCUUCCAUAGACCCUUUGAGAAUGACAAUUGGUACACAACAACUUGGCCUUUCAGGGUUCCAAGCAUAUGACAUAUUGUCAACAAGCCAUGGAAUUGAGCCAGAACUAAUUGGAACUAAAUCUUUUACAUUGGCCGUUAGCCUUGGAACUACUAAAGAACAUAGUAAAAGACUAGUUAAAGGAUUGAAGUACUUAUCGACCAACUUCUUAAGAGAGAUAAAAAUGAAGAGGAAAAUAAUAGAUGAUAAUGGUAUAGAAGGGGUACCAUUUGGAGAAGUUUACAUGACUUGUACACCAAGAGAAGCCUUUUUUGCUAGGAAAAAGAUAGUGAUUUUUGAAGAAAGCAUUGGGGAAGUUUGUGGAGAAUUUAUUUGCCCUUUCCCACCAGGUAUUCCAGUCUUAAUUCCAGGCGAAGUCAUCACAAAGAGGGCUGUGGAUUAUCUCAUACAAGUUAGGGACCAAGGAGCUUUUCUUAAAGGGGCUGCUGAUCCUCUACUUGCCUCUGUGGUUGUUUGUGAUUUUUAAGCAAUUAUUUUUUAUGUCAAUAAAGGGAAAGUACAAUAAUAUUCACAUUUACCUCAAAAAUAAUAUAUGCAGUACAUUUAUGAUC